GUUCCUCCUGACCAGUAGGGGCGCUGUAGACACAUUGGGCGUAUCAUCCAAAUCGUCAGCCAUCUGCCGCAGUCAGUUAGCUAGCUCCAGCGGGAAUGGAAAAUGGAGGACUGACCGACAUGCGAGGGCAAAUCGUCGGUAUUUCUAGCGCGUAGAUCCUUUAACCUUGUGCCAAGACAGAUGAUUACUGGUGCAAGGCCUUUGUUUUGUUUGAAGAUCAACUCUCUUACUCAUCACUGCUGAAGUGCAGACAUUCUGUUUGAAAGUAGUGAUUGACUCCAUCAUCUAUGGAGGAGAAUGCAAGCCCUGAGCUCUCUCUAGCUCCUGAGCCAGAGCAGAGCCAGGACCGUAUGGAUAGCUGCUCUCAAGGUUUUGGAGAAGGGAAUACAGAGCAGAAAGAACAGUUUCAAACCGAAAGCGAGAAUGUGGCCGAAGAGACACUAGAGGAGCCAGAUACAUCUUCCAAGGCCAACAGUGAAGUUAAAAAGACUUGGAGUUUUCGACGGUCCACUGUUGCAAAGAGAGAGAUGCCAGUGGAGGCAGCAACCGACAGUCCUGAUAACCGCUGUCCUGUACGUCGCAGUGGCAGGCAAUCUAAGCGUACUGACAAACUAGAAGAAUUCCUCUUGACUGCCAAAAGAGGGUCAAGAAAGAGCGCCCCACCUAGUCUGGAAAGCGGAGAUCCUCCUUCCCAAACCCCAACUGAUGAGACUGCCUCAGAGGCCAGCUUUGAUGGUAACGCUGACACCAAGCCGGUAGAGGACAAGGUAGAGUCCCCAGAGAGAAGGACUAGAAGUGGUGCAAGGAAGCAGACCCAAAGGAGAAAUCGAGGUGGCAGACGGGCUCGAGGACGCGGUGGCGUGACAGUUAAAGAUGAGGGAAGCUCUGAGAAUGAGGAGGACAGCAGAGACGCUGCCAAGAAGGACCAGUUACCGGAUAAAACUGAGGAGAAAAAAGAUGAAGAGAGUUAUCCCCGUCCUGAAGAUGUAGCUUGCACUAAUACAGUACAGCCUCAGCCAGAGCAGGACUCAGAGAGGAAAGAGGUUCUUGAUGAGAAGAAUAAACAUGGAGAUGAAAAUGACAAGGUGGAAUCGGAGAAGGAGACUGAUAAAGAGACUGAUGAGGACAGCACAGAGUCAGACAAGCCUGCAGCGAUGUUGGUAAAACGUGGACCAAUAAGAACAUACAUCAAUAAAAAGAGGGCAGCCAAUAAGAACGCUACCCCUGUUAAAGGUCCUGCUCCUGCCAACAAGAUCACUACUGUCAAGAGGGAGACCAAACCUAAAGCUACCCAAGCUUCUGGAAUGACACACAAGGCUCAGACACAAGUGGACAAUGAUGAUGAGAAUGACUCUUCAAUGUCUUCAUCUUCAUCAUCCUCCUCCAUUGAUUCUGACGAGGGAGGUUAUGAUCCCAAUGCACUUUACUGCAUCUGUCGCCAGAAACACAACAAAAGGUUCAUGAUCUGUUGUGACCGCUGCGAGGAGUGGUUCCAUGGAGACUGUGUGGGCAUCACUGAGGCCCGCGGGCGCCUGAUGGAGAGAAAUGGGGAAGACUACAUCUGCCCCAAUUGCACCGCUAAGAAAAAUCAGGUCGUCAGACCUGCCACAUCUAUUCUCGCUACAAGUACAGACAUUGGGAAGCCCAGGGCUCCGGCUUCUGCUCUCGCUUUUUCUGCGACCUCUGAAGAGAAAACUAACACCAGUGGGGUUAACGCUGUCGCGGCACUUCCGUCCUCCACUGCUGGAACCGAAGAGAAGGGGGCAGAGGACAUGGGCAUCAAAGGAAGGAUAGAGAAAGCUACUAAUCCAACUGGGAAAAAGAAGAUAAAGAUCUUUCAGCCGGCCAUACAGCAGCCAGCCCAACCAAAAGCAGGCCCGAAAUCGGCACCAACCAUGGAAAAGAAGGCAGCACCCACAGCAGAGCAGAAAGCACUACCAGACGCAGAGCAGAAAGUGGCGUCAAACGUGGAGGUGAAAACAACACCAACAGUGGAGGUGCCCGAUGAGAAGGCCGGGCCAAAGGCUGAGGAAGAGUCUUCACUUCCCAAAUGUAUCGGGCCUGGCUGUGAAAAUAAUGCCCAGCCAGAUUCUGUGUACUGUGGCAACGACUGUAUUCUGGAACAUGCUGCUGCGGCCAUGAAGUCCAUCACUGAUGUUAAAGAUCCCAAGCAGAAGGACAAGGCAAAGGCCCAAAAGACCAAGUCUACACCAAAGAGGAGCGUGGCUGGUGGGAAAAAGAAGCCAAAGAAUAGCCGGGAGGACUCGGACAGCGAAGAAGACCGUAGUGCUGAUCUGGAUGAUGAUGACGACGAAGAUGAGCAUGCUGAGGAACACCCGCCCCCGCCGGCCACUGCAUCCUGGUCCAGCGACCAUAAUUACAUUGCAGUAACACCAGAAAAGACUACACCCAUAUCACCAACAGUGUUAAACAAAAAGUCCCCCCCUAAAGAAGAGAAGCAGAGUGAGAAAAAAGAGAAGGAACCACCCCUGGCUCCUGAGAAACCUUCUCGAGCUACCGCAACACCAGUCAAAGGAAACAAGAAGUCCGCAACUACUAAAGCGGCCAAGGUUUCCCCGAAGGGCAGGAAGCCUUCUCUUCAGGCUACCAGCUCAAAGGCACCCAAGAAACCUGCAACACCUCAGAGUAAAACUGCAGCAAAGUCCAAGAAACCAGGUUCCACGCCCGUCCAUACCCCGUCCCGCUUCCCUCCAGGUCCGAUCCACGUCACAGGAGCACUGAGAGUCACCAAGUCCAACUUUACCAUUCCUAAGAAGCAGCCACAACAAAAGGACGCUCCAUCCCAUAGCAACUUAUCCUCAGCCUCCAGAGUCCCGUCAUCGCCAGUUUCUUCAGCUCCCUCCAGCCACUCCUUAUCCUCCAGACCUCCACAUCCAGCUGCUUCAGCGCCCCCUAUGUCCCCCAUGUCCCCGCCCCCCAACAACCAGAUGAGAACGAACAUCCGCCGCUCGUUGACAGACAUCCUCUAUAAGAGGGUGAGCGACAGUGAUGAUCUGAAAAUGACUGAGAGUGAGGUGGCAAGGCUGGCGGUUGCCAUUGAAAAGGAAAUGUUCAACCUCUGCCUUAGCACUGACAGCAAGUACAAGAACAAAUACAGGUCCCUUAUGUUCAACCUGAAGGAUCCUAAAAACAAAGGCUUGUUCUACAGGGUAGUGGGUGGUGAGGUUAGUCCCUUCAGACUGGUGAGACUAAGUGCGGAAGAAUUGCUUUCCAAAGAGAUAUCCGAGUGGAAGAAGCCCACUGCUCCUGAGGCCCAGUCUCCCAGUGCAAGGGUCCUUUUGGAGCAUUCCAAACUAGGCAACAGGCAUGACUCUGGCUUACAUAGCAUGGAUAUGGAGGAUGCUCCGCCAACAUCCGAUACAGAUGUAUGUAUCUCUGCCACCACUUCAUCUACUCGCAUGGCUUCUGCUGCAGACCAAGAGGAGUCUAGCGCCACUCCUUCAGUUUCGGCUCAGCCCUCUGCUGUGGAGGGGAACAGUGGCAGCAGCAUGCCAGACAUUUUUAGUACCAUGCUCAAAGACACAACUUCUGAACACAGGACUCAUCUAUUUGACCUCAACUGUAAAAUAUGCACAGGUCAGAAGACGGAAGACGAGCCUGCAGCUAAGAGAGCCAAACUGACCAAGAAGCCUGAAACUGUCUCCCCUGUCAGCCAAACACAGGACCCCACAGCUUACCAGCACCAAGACCCCUUAGCCUACAAACACGCAAUGCCUCCAUCCUACCAGUCUAUCAUGGAGUCAGCUGUCCCAGAAUCACAGCCACAGCUGGACCUCAAUAUGCUGGCACCUCCAGCCGAGGCCCCAGCACCUAUCACUCCCACUGUGUCCUCUGUCAGCAUCACCCGCAGAGACCCACGCAUGGCCAGGCACAGCUCCAGUGUGACUGUCACCUACACUGCUCCAGAAAAACCCAUCAACAACUCAGCAGAAACACUCCCAGCUCCUGUUAGUGCUCCAGUAGACAUUGCACCCAAAGCACCACUGCCGAUGCCCCCAGCUCCACCAUCUGCAGUAGCCACGUCCAAACCAGUGAAAACAAGUACAUCCGAGCCUCCUCCUGAGGGUGAGACAGCUAUCUUUCUCCAUGGUCAAGAGAAGAUUUGGAAAGGAUUUAUCAACAUGCAGGCUGUGGCCAAGUUUGUGACCAAGGCUUAUUUGGUGUCAGGAUCCUUUGAACACCUCAAGGAGGAUUUGCCAGACACCAUUCAUGUUGGAGGACGGAUAACUCCAACCACUGUGUGGGACUACGUUGGGAAACUGAAAACCUCGCUUUCCAAGGAACUGUGUCUGAUCCGUUUCCACCCAGCCACAGAGGAAGAGGAGGUGGCAUAUGUCUCUCUCUUUUCUUACUUUAGCAGCAGGAAACGAUUUGGUGUGGUGGCUAACAACAACCGUCGUAUCAAAGACCUCUAUCUCAUCCCACUGGGCUCAAAGGACCCAUUACCCUCCAAACUUUUACCGUUUGAUGGGCCAGGUCUUGAACCAGUUCGUCCCAACCUCCUCUUGGGGCUGCUGGUCUGCCAGAAGGACAGAAAGCGUACUGGUGCACCGUUGGAAUUUGAGGAAAAACGGUCCAAGACUCAAACCAAAGAUGUCGAUGACACUGGCCUUCCAAAGCCAUCUCCUUCAGUCAGAGCAGAAAGAUUAACACGACAGAGUCUUGACAUCCCCUUCAGUACGACUCCUCCUGGGUCACCUCCACCCAACUCCUCUGAGACCUCAAGCAGCACUGUGGCCACCUCCUCAGUCCUUUCCUUCUUGUCCUCUGUUAAAGUCACAUCCACUACCACUGGCAAGGACUCCCCAUCCUCAUCUAGCUCUGUUGCUUCCUCUGCAGCAGCUGCCACUCCUCUUCAGACCAUCCUCAACACUCUUUUUGGGAAGAAAAAGCAUGAUUCAGAAGCUUCCAACUCUCCGUCUGAUCAGGGUGGAGAACUACUCGUCCCGCCCGCUACCAUGCAGCAGUUUGCACAGAGCUCUAAAGAGAAACUGGUGGAGGAGGAUGAUGACCGACCGUAUGAUCCAGAAGAAGAGUAUGACCCCAGUAGGGGCUAUAAUGUGCCUAAGAAGCCUGUAGAGGUAGUAAGCAAACCUGAAAUCUCUAAGCAGCCCGAGGUGGUUGCGAAUGAAGGUGAUGAUGUAGCGUAUGACCCAGAGGAUGACUCAAUUUUUGAAGAGGUCAAAACUGUAGUACCAGGUAAAGCUAAGAUUCCAACUGAAUCUGUAACUGAUCCACAAAAGAUCUUGGAGAGCCUUAAACAGAUUGGGGAUCAGACAUUCCAGAAAAAGGGAGAGCAGCAAACGUCCUCUACAGGGACACCUGGUGCCUCAUCGACACUUUCAGACACACUCUUAACUCAACCUGCCAAAUCCCUUUUGGGCAACACUCAGCUACUGCAGCUUGGCAAAAAGGUUGAGGAACUAGUGAAGUCCUCAACGGUUGCUCCCUUGAUCAACCAGAAGAGAGAUCCCCGACAGAGCAGGGAUCCUCGCCAGGCUGCGGCUGGCAGGAAGCUGACUGAUGAUCCCGAAGAGCAAGAGGAGACAUCUGCUCUGUUGGAAGAUUCUACUCCUUCCCCACAACCUGUGGUUCAAGAGCCUCAGCUGUCUGAUGUAACUGAACUCCCAGACUCCUUACAAGGCUCAGAGACAUCACUGCCUCAUAAUGAAGUGAUAAGCGAAACGCUACCCUUCAUGCAGUCAGACGAGGCAGAUGUAGCAAUUCCUUUAUUAGGAGAGGAGGUGGAACCUGAUAUGGAGUUCAACUACAUGGAUGAGAAAGAAGUGAAAACUGAGGAAGCUGAGCCACUCAAGGCGGAAACCGAGAUGGACAAGUACAGUAUUUGGCCAAAUGCUGCCAGUAUUUUAAAAGCUGGUGAGGACCCAGAGUAUGAGGAGAAUAGCCAAGAUGCACCAACCACAAGUUAUUUUAAUGAGCCUGCAAACACCUCCACGAUAACGUCGACAAUCCCAGUACUCACUCAGAGCACAACAAAGGUUGACACUCAGUCCCAUCACAUGCCGCAUUACAUGUCAACACCAGGCUUUGACAGCGAAUACAGACCACCAGCUGACAUUACCCCACCAUCCAACUUCCCUCCGCCCCAUCGCAUGCAGGGACAAAGCCUGAUAAUGAGGCCUCCGCCGAUGUCUAUGCCACCACCCAUGCAGGGUCUUCCUCCAAUGUCAGGUCCUCCUAUGCAGGGACCCCCUCCACCCAUCCAUGUUCCUCUCCCUGUACGUGGUCCUCUCCCCAUGCAGAGUGACAACAGCCAGCAAUAUGGUCCUCCUCCGACGGCAUACCCUCCCUAUCAGAACCAGUGGCCAAGCCCCCAGCCACUGCAGCAGCAGGUCCCUCCUGGACCACCUCCCCAGAAUAUAAUGCCACCCAGAGGACCACCGCCAUCAUUCCCUCCAAUGGCCCAGAGAGGCCCUGCUCCUCAAAUGUUUGAUCCCUCCAUUCCCCCACAGCACAUUAGACAGCAAGGUCACCCUACAGGCCUUCCCCCACCUCCUACUUUUGAUGGACAGAACAGUUUACCUCCACCAAGAUUCACUGGUCUUCCACCACCAUUUAAUUUCCCUGCCAACAGAGGUCCUCCUCCGCCUUUUACGGGGCCACCUCCUGGUCACUUUGAAAACCGACUUCCUCCUCCGUCCCACUUCCCAGGGCCCAGGGGUCCCCCGCCAUCUCAGUUUGGUGACCAUGGGGCUCAACCCCCGAUGGUAGACCAACCUCGAGGCCCUGCAGAACAUUAUAACAAAGACAAUUCCAAUGCUUUUAAGCUAAAUGUGGAUCUCCAUGUUUUUAAAGACAAUCAGGGUCCUCCGCCAGGUCCAGCGUACCGGGGACCUCCACCUAACCAGUAUGAGGACAGAAGAGGCCCACCUUCAAGUAGCGAGAUGAGUGGACAGCACUUCAAUCCACAUAACCAGUACGGGAGCUCCAGACCUCACUCCUCACCACCACAUCGAGGAUCUUUUGAUGAGAACCGAGGUCCUCCCCCUCAGGAGAAUAGACCCCACCUUUUUCAGCAUUUUGGAGGAUCAGAGCGGUACCGCUUCGAUAGGCACUCUGAUGAGGCUAGACCUGUUCGCCACAGUGGGCCACUACUGCCAACUCCUCCAGAGGCUCCCAUAGGUCCUCCAAGUCGCAUGGGAGCCCACAGUCCAGACAUGCACCGGGACGACCACUGGCGCCGCCACUCUCCUGAAAUGAGGAGGAGGAGCAGCACCACCCGAGAGGACUCAGAACCCCGCAGUGGCGAUUGCUUUAGUCGCUUUGAAGGAGGGCACAGAGAACCUGCUUCUGGUCCCUCACAACACUCUGAAGAGAGACAGAGGGAGCUGUCCGAGGACCGCCGGAGGGAAAGAGAGCGGGAAGUCCCCCACGCCGGCAGGCCUUCAUGGGACAGGGGCCAGGGCAAGCAGUGGAGCAGAGAGCGAGAGUGGGAUAGAGCGAGAGAAAGGGACCACGAUCCAGAGCGCAGCCGAGAAAGAGACCGCGAUCCGGAGCGUACCCGAGAAAGAGACCGCGAUCCGGAGCGUACCCGAGAAAGAGAUCGCGAUCCGGAGCGUGGCAGAGAAAGAGACCGCGAUCCAGAGCGUGGCCGAGAAAGAGACCGCGAUCCGGAGCGUGGCCGAGAAAGAGACCGCGAUCCGGAGCGUGGCCGAGAAAGAGACCGCGAUCCUGAGCGUGGUCGAGAAAGAGACCGCGAUCCCGAGAGUGGUCGAGAAAGAGACCGCGAUCCGGAGCGUGGCCGAGAAAGAGACCGUGAUCCUGAACAUACCCGAGAAAAAGAACACCACCCGGAGCGAGGGCGAGAAAGAGACCGUGAUCCUGAACGUACCCGAGAAAGAGAACAUGAUCCGGAGCGUACCCGAGAAAGAGACCGCAGCAGAGGGAGGGAGGGCGAGAGGCACAGGGACACGGAAGGAGAGCGGCACAGGGAUCAAGACACAGACAAGAGGAGAGACCGGGAGAGAGACAGGGAUAAAGACAAAGGCAGGGAUUCUGACAAGAGGGACCACGACCGCGACAGAGGGAGAAACCGUGAUCGAGAGCGCGAACGUGAGCGAGACAGGAGACGGGACAGAUCCCGAAGCAGGGAACGAGACAGGGACAGAGAACGUGGGAAAGACCGGGGCAAAGACCGAGACAGGGAGAGGGAGAGAGAUAGAGACAGGGAUCGUCGGAGCAGAAGCAGAGAAAAGAGAGAGGAGAAAAAGGAAAGUAAACAUGAUACACCCAAGGAGAGAGAUAUAACUGCAGACAAAUGACAAGAACAGGUCUGUUUUGUUGACACUACAUUACGAUUUUGAGAGACACUUCAAUUUUUCACCAGUUGAAAUCCAGUUGUAUCACUGUAAACGUAGAUGAGCAGUAUUUCGUUCAAUUUCCACAGUUGUGUUCGUACUAGAAAAAAAGUUUGACAAUGUUUGUAUUCUUUUUGUCACUUAAAGGUUUCUUACUUACUUUGUUUUAUCACAUUUGAAAAAACAAAACUGAAGGCCAUGUCGGUUGCUUGUGUAAAGAUGUAUUAAGUAGGCCACUGAGUUCUAUUACAUGUACCUAUCUCCUGCCCAAGCAGUUUUUUUAAGAAAACAAUAAUGUAACUGAGUAACACACCAUUUUCAAUAUGUAAAUAUGAAUGUAUUUGUGUAUAUACUGAUGUUUUUAAUCAUACUUUUCUAAGUAGAGAAAAUAAAAGCCAUAUAUCUGAGAUGGAUAAUGUGAAAGUUAAGGAAACAGUUUACACACAAAAGUGUGUUAUGUACAGCAGCAUUGACCUUAAAGACUCCAACUAUCUACAGUAUACAUCCCAUCAAUGGUUGUCAAUGAAAUGUCCUGAUUUUGUUUCAGCUCAACCAAUUAAACCCAUUUGAUGACG